CUUUACUGAAAUCGUGUGUGUACAGUAGUCUGAGUGCUCAGGUAGACCUGAAAAUAAAUCUAGUGCCCUUUCUGAGUGAAAGCUCUCUCCUGCUGUAGUAUGUAGAAUUUUUCCAAGUACGGAACUGGAGGUUAAAUUGAGACACAACCAUCGUGUCAGUGCAGUCAGCGGAAAUGUACCUGCCUUACAGAACCAAUAGGUGUCGCAGUGUAGCUGUGUGAAUGUAGAACCAGACAGAGGAGCUCUCCUUCCGUUUAAACGGUGCCGCAGGUGAUAAGUGUAGAGUAGUGUAGUGAAGUGUAGCGACAGCAGAACACAACAGAGCACCAUGACUUCACCCAGAACUCUCCGACUCGAUGUUGACAAGCUUACAACGACGCUGUAUGUGCUGGGAAGGAAACUGACAGUGAAUUUAACCCGUUGUGCGCCAUUACAGAGCAAGUUCUUCUCAGUAAAAUGCACCCCCAAUGUGCAGUACCAGGUUUUCUCUCAGGUCCAGGCUGGAAAGUCGCUCUCCUCGCCACAGCCGCUCGGCAGAGACACAGUGCUUCUCAUUUCCAUGGAAGCUGCCAGCUUGCAGCCCAAUGACAGCAAGCUGUCUGUGAGGUUCUAUGGGGAUAAGUCAGAGAUUCUUGGAAAUGCUCUGCUGCAUCUCACAGCUGUUGAGAUCUCCCUAGAUGUGGACGCAGAUCGAGAUGGUAUUGUUGAGAAGAACAAUCCAAACAAGGCUUCAUGGAAGUGGGGUCCUAAAGGACAUGGUGCCAUUCUGCUGGUCAACUGUGACUCUGAGUCUUCCUACUAUAAGAAAGUGGACAGUGAGAGUGAGGAGAUUACGAAAGUCUCAGAUUUAAAGGACAUGUCCAAGAUGAUCUUACGUACCAGUGGCCCACCUGUGCUCCCAGAAGGCUAUAAACUGAGCUUGCAUAUCUCUCAGACAGACGCUGAGAGAGUGAGGAUCUUCAGGGCCAGGUCCACCAAGCAGGCAGAGGCCUCUCUGAAAAGUAUAUUCCUCGGUUUGUUCCAGAAGGAGUAUCCUUUAGUGCUGAACACAAAGCAACUUGCUAAUGAAGUCCCCUAUCAAGGUGGCAAGUCUGAGCUAGUGUUCUAUGUGGAGGGCCUUCACUUUCCAGAUAAGGACUUUGAUGGGCUACUUACGAUCAACCUUAGUCUUUUAGAGCCUUUUGCUGAGGGUUUCCCAGAGACCCCAAUUUUCACAGAUAAGGUCAUGUUCCGUGUUGCUCCUUGGAUUAUGACACCCAAUACUCUUAAACCUUUGGAAGUCUUUGUCUGCAGCACAUCCGAUAACCUUGAGUUUCUGAAGGGCAUAAAGCAACUGGUACAGAAAAGUGGACUCAAACUGAAAAUAUGCCAUGAGUACAUGAACCGAGGAGAUCGCUGGAUGCAGGAUGAGCUUGAGUUCGGCUAUAUUGAUUCUCCUCACCACAUGUUUCCUGUGGUCCUGGACUCGCCACGAAAUGGAGACCUUGACAAUUUCCCCUAUAAUGUUUUACUGGGUCCAGACUUUGGCUAUGUGACCCGCUAUGCUUCAAGAAAAGAGGUGAGCAGCUUGGAUUCGUUUGGUAAUCUGGAGGUGAGCCCCCCUGUCACUGUGAAUGGGAAGAACUAUCCAUUCGGCCGGAUCAUCAUUGGUGUGGCCUUCCCUACCACAGAGGAUGGCCGCAAUAUGACCAAAGUGGUGCAGGACUUCCUGUGGGCUCAGAAGGUUCAGGAGCCCAUUGCUCUCUACUCUGAUUGGCUCGUGGUGGGUCAUGUGGAUGAGUUUAUGAGUUUUGUCCCAGCUCCUGACAGAAAGGGAUUCAGACUGCUGCUGGCCAGCCCUGAUGCAGCAUAUAAAGUGUUCAGGACAUUGCAGAAUAAAGGACAUGGGCAUGCUAAGAUGUUUCCAGGGACUCAGGAAGAAGUCAGUGUUGAUAUGAUCUUGAGUGACAAGGAGUUUCAAACAGAAAACAAUUAUGUCCAGAGCUGUAUUGACUGGAACAGGGAUUUACUAAAGAAAGAGCUUGGACUGGAUGAUGAAGACAUCAUUGAUUUACCAGUCCUGUUUAAAGUGAUGUCUGAAAAGAACAGAGCUGUGGCCUUUUACCCUGACAUGGUGAAUAUGAUAGUACUCGGGAAGAACCUUGGCAUUCCCAAGCCUUUUGGGCCACAGGUGAAUGGUAAAUGUGCCCUGGAGACUGAGACGUGCUCUUUGCUUGAGCCGCUCGGCCUGAACUGCAGCUUCAUUGAUGACUUUACAUCCUACCACAAGCUCUUGGGAGAAGUGCACUGCGGCUCCAACGUGCGCAGAAAACCUUUUGACUUUAAAUGGUGGAACCUUGAGCUGUGAGAACGUAGAGUGCAGUAGGGUUAUAAUAACUAUAUAACAAAUAUAGUAGGGUUUGAUAACGUGUAUACAAUACCAAGAACUGUUAUUUCAUUUAUUUAAAAUUAAUACAGCGCAUUUCCAAAACAAGGUAACAUUGAUUCUCAUUAUUAUUUAUUGGCUGCAUCAAGCACUGUACAUAUCAAGUGUCAGUAGUUAUGAGAUGAUAGCACAUGUUUAAAGCAUGUGUUACUAUUUGAGUGAAAUAGCAUUUUUUUUUUUAAUGGAGCAAAUUUUGUAAGCUUGAUAUUCAGAAAUAUGAUCUUUUUCCAUACAAGGAUUUCUUGUAUGACUAAAAUGAGUAAAAAAUAAUAAGUACUAACUGAACCUUUAGUUGACGUUUGAUAAAUUGUGAAAUAAACAGUUCUUGGAGUGGAACUCAGAUUUUUUGACACUACUACAUAUCUGUUGCAUGCAAAAAAUCCUGCAGUUUCCAGAACAAUCUAUCGUAGCAGUUUAACAAAUCCUUUUACAAGUUUACCUACUGCACUAAGAGUAACAAUGUCUACCAACCACUGUGUGCCUGGGAAUCAAGUUUUUUACACUCUUGUGUUGUUGUUUUGUACUACCUUUGGUGCCUUAAUACUGACACCUUUCGAAAGGAAACUCUUUGGUGUUGUUUUAAUUAAUGAAAAAUACAGUGUAACCCAGCACCUUUUUUUUUUACACUGUACAAAAUAAUCAAUAAAACCAUUCUAAACAUUGUCA